AUGUUAACAAUGGAGUCUCGAAAACAAGCUUUGCCAUUAUCUUGGGUCCUCAUCUUCUUCCUUGCCAUUUCCUUGUGUGGAGUGAAGGCAUCAAGUGGCAAGCCUCAAGAGGGUCCUGUGGUGGAAAAGGAUCAAUGGAGGAAAUUACUUGUCACUGAAUUCGGACAGAUAACUGCCCUUGACAUCAAGGAGGAUCCAGAGAAACUACCCUACCAUCUUCAGUUCAUCACAUUGGAGCCUAACUCGCUAUUUCUUCCUGUGCUUCUACAUGCAGAUGUGGUAUUUUAUGUUCAUACAGGGAGUGGAAAGCUGACUUGGGUUAAUGAUGAUGGUACUGGAACGAUCCCUUUACGCAAAGGAGAUCUCUGCAGUCUCGGUGAAGAAUCUGUUUUCUAUAUACAGAGCGACUUAGAGGCUGAAAGAAGGAAACUAAGGAUUUAUGCAAUGUUCACCAAUACAAAAGACAAUACUUUUAAUCCGUCAAUCGGUGCUUACUCAAGAAUCAACGAACUGGUUAAGGGCUUUGAUAAGAAAAUCAUGCAAGCAGCUUUAAAGGUGCCAGAUGAUUUGAUUGAUGAAAUAAUUAACAAGAGAAACACCCCAGCUAUAGUGCAUGCGGUUUCAAAGCAGAGGAAUGUUGUGCAGGAACCGGAGGCUUCGUUUCUUAAAAACUUUCUAGGCGUUGGAUCCAACUCCAACAAACUCGAAAAAUACAACAUCUUUGAUCAUGAUCCUGACUUCAGAAAUCGUUAUGGAUGGAGUGUAGCAGUGACCAAAAGGCAAUUGAAGUCAUUGAAGCGGACCAACAUUGGAUUUCUUAUGGUGACUUUGGCCAGGGGAUCAACAAUGGGGCCUCAUUGGAACCCGAAGGCAACAGAGUUGGCAGUGGCAGUAGAAGGGAAAGGCGUGGUCCGAGUGGUAUGUGGAAGCAACAAUGAAGAUGAGACAGCGUGCCAAAACAUGAGGUUUAAGGUUAAUGCCGGUGAUGCUUUUGUGGUGCAAAGGUUUCAUUCAAUGGCUCAGAUGUCAUUCAACGAUGAAGCGUUUGUUUUUCUUGGCUUCAGCACUUCAGCAAAGGACAACCAUCCUCAAUUUUUAUCGGGAAAGGGAUCAGUGCUUCAUAAACUGGACAAGCACAUAAUGGCUACCUCUUUGGGUGUGAGUGACAGAACCGUUGACGACCUUCUGCAUUCUCCCCAGGAUUCCAUCAUUUUCGGAAGAAGAGCAUGGCCACUGGAGCAGCUUGGAAGGGAGGAGAGUUUUGAAAGUAAGAAACCUUUGAUUCCUUCUCAAAGUCUUGAACUUUAG